UUUCCGCUGAAGGACGAGUACUCGAGCGCUGUUUGUUCAUAUUCACUGGUGUGUCCUUUGGUGGCAGAAUCCGUUUCCAGCUCCAGCUGAAGGUGAAGUAUGUGGACGCUGUCUGUUCACGUUCAGUGGUGCCGCGUGAGGCGGCGGAGUAUUUCGGGAGGCUUUUGCAUGCCUGACCGUAACUGUCAAAUUUUGUUUUCUGGUUGAUAAAAAAGGGAGCCCCCGGACGCCCGUGGUUCUCGGCUUUCUCUGAUGAACCUCGACCGGUAAAUCGCCCUAUCAAGUCUAAAGGACGUCGAUAGGGCGGAUGAAUCCGACGGUGGCUCCUUGAUGCCGUGGCUAGUCAUGAUAUUCGUUGAAGGCUCGUGGCGGUUGCCGAUUGAGGAGAAGGGUUCCGUAUUAUGGUAGCCUUUACGGUUUUGCGGCAUUGCCUUCAUGGCGCCUCACGCGUCACCUCAUACAGAGAAGAUGGUAGGCGAUGGCCAGAAUCACGUGUUUUCAGAGUCGCUAUUGCACUUUGGUGUGCGGGCAGUCGGAUGACACGGAGAAGUGGGACCGGUCAAACGCCUAAAACUAAAUAACUGAGUUAAUUAAUACAGGGUUGAACUAUGUGAGUAUCAUUGUCUUAUGGUUCCACCGCUUCACAGUUGGCACUAUGCGCCUGGUUAGAGCAGGUGGCGGUCCCCUGACGCUCUCUGGGUCCCGUUGCUAGAGCAGUUCCACCCGCAGCAGAAUGUAAAGCACGAUUGCUGGUAGUCGUGUGUACAGUAUCUGGAAUUCGGGGGCCGGCUAGGUUCCUCAGUGAGUGUCUACGAGCUUUCUUUCGCUCUGUGCGCUUCAAAACACUGUGGUGAGCUGGUCGUCGGUAUAAAAGUGCAGUAAGAAAAGUGGCAGCUUGAGCAACAUUGUGGCAAAGGUCGAAGCAGCAAUCGCAAAUGUCAGUCGUAUUUGGAUGUGUGGCAAAACCCGACGGAUGCUGGUCCAAGAAAAGAAGGAACACAGGGGAGGGUACCACGUUGCACAAUGGGCACCAUACCGUUUAGAGAGAUCCACAGAGGCAGCUGAAGCACUCCGUGCUCGAUCGCUAGAGCCUGUAUGUGAGUAGCUGUUCACAACUCUGCAAUCGAAAGGGGGUUGGUGAAGAAUGUGGGUGGAUGGGAUUCAUCUUUCAUUAUUGGCGGUUGGAAUGCCUACACCCGUGCGCUUUCGAUCAAUGUGUUCUUCCCCACACAGUUGCUGUUUCGUCGAAAAUUCCGAGCAAAGGGAGAUUCAGAGUUUGUUCUCAGGUCACCAGCUACUCCUCCUGGGUUCGUGUUUCUGUGACGCUGCCGAGAGUACCGUCGCUGGCCGGCGGUCGUACCAAAGACAUACUACGCGACCUGGAUGGGUGACCGGCGCUGUUCAGCAGACCUCAAACGGAUGGAGACUGGAUGUGUCUCGGCAGCAGAUGCCACAGUGGAAGCGUGGACACAUCCGAGGACGUCCCUAACGUUGUCGGUGUUCGUCUCUCAGUCUACAGCCCACACGAAGCUUGGCAGACGCUUGCGCUGUCAGAAAUUUCCAUGCGUUUGUAGCCCGUAGGAAGCUCCCAAAUUUUUCACAAUCUUAGCGGGAUGUAGUGUUUUAGCGGCUCAAGACCAGCAUUAUUUCAAGGACAUGAUGCGACUCUAGACGGCCAGCCCAAUCAUUAUCUGUUUCUUGCGUACGCACUCUAACAGACAGCUGCCGCUGCCAACUCUCGCCGUCCGUUCGUGGCACUUUUACUCAGGAAACUGGGCCCCACCCAGUGUGUCACCUCGUGUCUAUUUCGCUCUUGAGAAGCUUGGCCGACGCAUGCGCCACGCUUGUUCAUGAUAAAGCCGCC